CAGAAAGUUGGUUGCACCCAAAUAGAAAAGGUGAGGAGAGGCACGUGUCUUUGCGGGUAAUGUGCGCAAUGGCCUCUGCCUCUCAACUCUUAGCUCCAAUCAACGCCAUUUCUUCUUCUUCUUCAGUAUAUAAUCAUCUUCUUCCAUGUCUCUAGAACUUACUCACAUCUUUAUGCACACAAAUUAUACUACUUCUUGCUACAAUCAAUCACAUUGUUCUUUGAAAAUGUGUUCACUACAACUUCCGAAUUGCAGGGUUUUCAACGAUGCUAACUUCUCUUCUUCUUCGGAUAAGUUGCAGAAAUGUGUGGUUUUCUCCUCAUUUUGGGGAGUAGAGUUGUGCUUCAAUGAUGCACGGCUUACAGCUAGUUCGGCAGUUAAACGACGACAAUAUCGGCCGAUUUCUGCUAUGUCUUCAUCUUCUGAUUCACCUUUCAACAUGAAUUUGAAUGAGUAUAUGGUUACACUUGUAAAACCGCUGGGUAUUCGCUUCGCUCUCUCUGUUGAUGGCAAAGUGUUCGUUCAUGCUCUUAAGAAAGGGGGGAAUGCUGAGAAAUCAAGAAUAAUAAUGGUUGGUGAUACAUUGAAAAAGGCCAGUGACUCUUCAACUGGGGGGCUUAUUGAGAUCAAUGACUUUGGCGAUACAGAGUAUGAAACGAAGAUGAUGAAUGAGAACGCAGGGCCUUGUAGCCUGGUUCUUGAGAGACCCUCUUUUCCAUUUCCUAUCCACCAGCUAUAUCUUAUGGAUGAUAUUGAUAUUCUGUAUAAUAGAGGUCGUGUUUCCAUUGCUACAUGGAACAAAAAUUUACUUGCCUCCAACUUGCGAACGUCAUGUGAGGGCAGUGGGAACUCUGGAUUUGUAGUAUUUUCCCCAAAGUUAUUAACAUUAAAUGGAUGGAAUGUUCUGAGUAAUGGAGAUCCAAUCAGGCAACAAGGAAAUCUGAACGGUACCCCCUGGUUACCAUUUAGCCCAAUUAUCAACAUAUUUUCUGAGAAAGACAUGAUAGAUUCUGAAUGGGCGCAUGGGAAUUUCCCACUGGAAGAAUACGUAAAGGCGUUGGAUCGUUCAAAGGGAGAACUGUAUUACAACCAUGAUCUUGGUAUGCGCUACAACAAGAUUACUGAGCAAAUAUAUGUGGGAUCGUGCAUACAAAAGGAAUCUGAUGUGGAAAUUCUGUCAGAUGUGGGGAUCACUGCUGUGGUGAAUUUUCAGAGUGGGAUCGAGGCUGAAAAUUGGGGAAUUAAUGCCGACAUAAUCAAUGAAUCGUGCCAAAGGUUUAAUAUCCUUAUGAUCAACUAUCCCAUAAGGGAAGGAGAUUCAUUUGACAUGAGAAAGAAACUUCCAUUUUGUGUUGGUCUUCUUUUACGCUUAUUAAAGAAAAACCACAAAGUCUACGUGACUUGUACAACUGGUUUUGAUAGAUCCCCUGCUUGUGUAGUAGCUUACCUUCAUUGGAUGACAGAUACUUCCCUUCAUGCAGCCUAUAAUUUUGUCACUGGGUUGCAUUUAUGCAAGCCUGACAGACCAGCCAUUGCCUGGGCAACAUGGGAUCUCAUAGCUAUGGUUGAAAAAGGUGCACAUGAUGGGCCUGCAACGCAUGCCAUAACAUUUGUAUGGAAUGGGCAUGAGGGGGAGGAUGUCUACCUGGUUGGAGAUUUUACAGAUAACUGGAAAGAACCAAUUCAGGCAGUCCACAAAGGUGGUCCAAGAUUUGAGGCUGAAGUUAGACUUUCACAGGGAAAGUACCUAUACAAGUACAUAAUUAGUGGAAACUGGAGGCAUUCAGCCAAUUCACCAACUGAAAGAGAUGAAAGGGGAAAUCUCAAUAAUGUAAUUGUUGUUGGUGAUGUUGCCAGUGUCAGGCCUUUGAUACCACAGCAAAAGAAGGACGCAAAUAUUAUGAAGGUGAUUGAGAGGCCAUUGACAGAAAAUGAGCGGUUCAUGCUGGCAAAAGCUGCUCGAUGUGUUGCAUUCUCAAUCUGCCCAAUAACGCUAGCACCUAAAUAGAUGGACACACUACAUUUCAGUCAUAGUCGCAUAUCCAGUUAUGUCUUCUGCAAUAAAGAAGUCAGUAGAAAUGGCCAUUUUAACAUUUCUAGGACAACCAUAAUGCAAGCCCAUCCCUCCCACUUGGAUUGAAGCUGUAUAUUGUCAUGCAAUUUCGAGGUUGGGCAAGUUAUAAUGCUCAUGUCCAUUGCACUUAGUCAUUUUAUCAUCCCCAUAGAUAUUAUCUGCUUUGAUCACUGACUGAUCCUUCGACUAGAUAUUUUCCACGGUUGAAUAGCUCAGUUAAUUGCUGUAUAUCUGUGUUUAAUGCAUACACAUUUACAUGGACGUGUGGAUGUGUAAUUGCUGUUUUACUACGCAAAAAUACUACUCUUCACUGAUUUUUCAUCAUUUUCAGUCAACACUGUCUGAACAAAUUUAAGUUUCUA